UUUUAUUUGUUCGUGGGUGGGUGUGUGUUUGUGGACUCUAGACGCUGUGACCACAUAAAUUUUAAUUAAAAGUGUGGCUCUUAUACUGUAGUAUUAGCAUGAAAUAUGUGUUUUCACGUGAUUCCCAAUGCCGAAUCGUUUUUGCAAAUUAACUUAAGCGUGUGUGCUCCAAUUAUUCUCAAAAGACGUACGAAAAUAUUAUUUACUUUUAUUUUCAAUGCUUAUUGUAAAUGGUAAUUGAUAUCGAUGAACUACAAAACAAACGUUAAAAACAAUCUCAUGGUUUCAUUUAGAAUUAAUGUUUUAAAUGAAGAAACAAAAAAAGAAAAGGCAGAUGGCAUCAAUCGUAAUUUAUCGAUAACCUCGGAGGAGCAAGCAAAUUUCACAUCCACAUUACCACCUCCAGGCGGAGGUAACAAUUUAUGCCCUAGUUCGGCGGGUUCUGGGGAAACUUACAUUAAACCAGAACGACCAUCGACACUGGCCCCGGCUGGGAAACUCAAUAGAAGACUAAUAUGUUAUCAUAGUGAGCAUUUUGCCGAAGGAUCAGUUCAACCUGGACGACCAGGCAGUACGCCUCCUCCAGUCGAAAGGCACAGCAACGGCGGCGGAAUGGUUCUGUCUGAGCUUCCAGAACCUCCUAUUCCAUUAUCCGAAAUCGGACCCAUUCCGCCUCCUCCAAUGUUCAGCUCGCCUAGUCCGACAACGCAUCACAAUAUGCGCACAUCUAUGCCUUUGGAACUCUCCGAAUACGAUUAUGAAGAUCAUGACGAAGCGGAACAGGACAUUGAGAACAUGGAUUCUGAUUCAGACGACACUCCGAGCGGCUGCUACUUGAGGCGCAUGGAGCCUGUAAUAGACACAUCACGGGUCGACGAGAUUCCAGCAAAAGAACCAAAAUUUAACGCAGUGCCCCUUAAAUCUGCACUCAAGAAGAAGACCAGCGGUUCUGACACUCCUACUAAUGCUACACCAACGCAAGAGCAUGCGCCCCAUACGCCACAUGCACAUGCCAGAUCUCAUCUCACGUUUAAUCAUACUGGAUCGUUGAAUUCGCGACCCGUUCGAUUCGGCGGAGUUACAAUCGAGAACAAAGAAAAUGCACGUCCUAUUCCGAUUUGCGAGGAUAGUAACGGCGAUGUCACUGGAAACGAUUCUGACGCUGGCGAAGGUAGUGACCAGGGCGACGGAGAAACUUUGUACCGCACAGACUACGAACGGGACCGGGAUCGUGAAUCGGAAGACGAUAAGACGCGUGCUGCAGCAAAAAUCGCGAGGAAAGAGAGCCUAUCACUCAAGUUGGCUCUUAGGCCUGAUCGGCAAGAACUGAUUAACAGGAAUAUACUUCAAAUUCAGAGUGAGAAUGAAAGACAAGAAUCUAAAGAAGCUAUAGGUGCAAGAUUGAUACGACGAUUGUCAAUGCGGCCUACACCCGAGGAAUUAAUGGAAAGAAACAUACUGAAAACGCAAACACCAGCUGAAGAAAAGAAACAGAAAGAGGAGAAAAAAAGAUAUCUUCUAAGGAAAUUAAGCUUUAGACCUACAGUUGAAGAACUGAAGGAAAAGAAAAUAAUUCGUUUCAAUGAUUAUAUUGAAGUGACACAAGCGCAUGAUUAUGAUAGAAGAGCAGAUAAACCGUGGACCAGAUUAACACCAAAGGACAAAGCAGCCAUCAGGAAAGAACUGAAUGAAUUUAAAAGCUCAGAGAUGGCUGUGCAUGAGGAUAGUCGACAUUUAACUAGGUUCCACAGACCAUGACAAUUCUAUUGUCUCUUAUACUAUGUGGAGAAAUUAUUGGUAAAAAUGAAGUUAACAGACCUAAUUAAGCAUUGUGCUGUGAUUACCGUUAGUAUUAAAUUUGAUCAUUUCAUUGUGAAUAAUCAUUGAUCAUUAUAAUACUCCAUAGAAGACCUUGGAUAUUUCAAUAUUAGUUCAGUGAUCAUGUAAUUGAUUUGUUUCAUAAGGGAAACAUCAAAUUUUCUUUUUCUUGAUGUUGCUGAUUAAUCUGGGUUGGUGGUUUAUGAUAAAAUCUUUUUUGCUAAUAUUAGAGCUAUGAAAAUUGGCUUAAGCAUGAAUAUUAAUUUAGACUCGAGGAAAAUUGUAUCUGCGACAGUCUGAAACAUUCCAAACUAUUUUUAUAGUUAGAUCAGUUUUGUUGUCUCUAAUAUUUUAACUAGUUUAUGCACCACCAAUU